AUGGCCUCCACUACUCCCAAGCAAAAGAUCAAAAUCGUCCUGUCCAUCGACUUUGACGCUAUCUCUGGCUGGCUAGGCACAUCCCAGCAUCCCGAUAACAAUAUGGCCGAUAUAUCCUCGGGCUACUUUAGCGGCUACGUCGGUGUUUCGCGCCUGCUCAAAGUAUUCUCUCGCUUGGCAAUCUCUGACAAAGUGACUUGGUGUAUUCCUGGCCACUCGCUAGAGACAUUCCCUGAGCAAGCAAAGCAAAUUGUAGACUCGGGUGCUGAGAUAGCAUUACACGGUUACUCCCACGAAGGAAGCACGCAAAUGACUGCACAACAAGAAAGAGAUGUUUUGGUAAAGACGAUAGGGCUGGUGGAGAAUUUGACAGGAAAGAAACCUAGAGGCUACAGAGCACCGCUAUACCAGAUCCAAGAACGAACAGUAAGACUACUACAAGAGCAUGGCUUUCUCUGGGAUUCGAGUCUUGCCCACCUGGACAGUAUGCCAUACUUCUUACCAAAGGAAGUGGAUAAACUCAACACGAUUGAGUUUUCUCCGGACAAGGAGGCUAGCAGCUGGAUGAAACCCUCCAAGGACUUUUUGAGGCUGGAAAAAAGCACUUUGGUCGAGAUACCUUGUAAUUGGUACAUGGAGGAUAUGACUCCUAUGCAAUUCUUCCCCAACGUUCCAAAUUCUCAGGGCUUUGUCGAUGUUCGUCUGAUCGAACGCAUGUGGAUGGAUCGUUUCGAAUGGCUGAAGAGCGAGGUCGAGGAUGGAAGGGAGGAUAUGACCAUUUUCGCUCUCGUCCUCCACCCAGACACUUCUGGAAUGGCACAUGUGAUUGGCAUGAUUCAACGGUUCUUGAGCUGGUUGCAGUCGUUUGGCGAUGAGGUCGAGUUUUGCACCUACGAGCAAAUCGCAACUGAGUUUGCGAAAACAUAG